GCCGUGGUGGGCAAAAGCAAUGAACGAGGUGUCGAGACGAUGUCAAAAUUUUGGGCGCUGUCAUUCGCGGCAACGACAACGUCAGAAUUUGACAAAGCAGCUGCAAUUUGGCUGUAUACAUGAUGAAAUCGGAUGAAACAGAGAAACUCAACGAACUCGAACUUGACGACAUUACUUUUUGGCAUUCACACGUUUUUGCAGUACUUAGACUUAGUUCAAACUUGGCGACAUUAUGAAACUUUUUCAGGGCAUACAACAUCGUGCCUCUUUUCGAUGCACUGCAGUAAGUUGGCUGGUAGAAAAAUAUUACUUGGCUAGAAGAAUUUCAUGCGGUUUUUACAAUUUUUGCUUGAGAAUACACCUUUUCCGUGCCCGCGAGAACUCUUUGAGCAAACUUCUACAGUGCGACGGUUCAAGAAGAGUAUCCGGGUUUUUGCAUUCGUUUUCGUACCAAUCCAUCGGAAUCCGAAUCCAGGUGAACAAGAACUACAGCGAAAAUAUAAGGACCUCAACAACACAAACCCAGCACAGAGUUGAUGCUUCUACAAACAGAAAACAAAAUCAAAAUGGUGUCAAG